UAGUAUAUUCUCAUUCUAAGUUAGAUCAAAUCUUAUCACCGGUUUUUCUUCUUAGUAAUCCAUAUGUUGGAAGUUUAAGGAGGAAAUUUGAUGGUUGGCUUCCUGCUUUCUCAAAAGCAAGAUUAGAGUGAUAGAAAGAGACAACCAGACUCAUUUUUACUGGAGAUUAUAUUCCAUGACAUUUUUUUGAAUGAUCAAUUCUGAAUUGGAACAGUGUCAACCAGGAAAACCUAGAGGGAGACCUAGAAAGAGGCUGACUCUUCUAAGAUAUAUGAAAUGUGACUGGAGAUGGUGCAAAAUUUCUCCAACCAAAAAAUAGAGUGGGCAAGCUUUUCCACUAAAUGAGCAUUGCAUGGUGGAUGCAGGGAAACCAGGGCCAUGGUCAUUUAGACUAUUGAUGGCAGUUGUUUUAGAACUAAAAGUAUACAUGCAUUGCAAAGCUUGCGAAAGAUUGGUAUUCAACACCCUUCGAAAAUUUAAAGGCGUGGAGACAGUUAAUGUAGACAUGAAUGGAGACAAAGCUAUUGUGACAGGUCAGAUUGAACCGGAAAAGAUUCUGAAAAAACUCAGGAAGAAGACUGGCAAAAGAGUUGAAAUUAUUAAAAGGAAUGAUGACAAUGUCGGAGGCAACAAAGAUGAGACAUUUCUGUCAUCUGGAGAUUGCAAUAUGGAAACAAUGGAUGGUGGUGUAGUCUUAUCUGGCAAAUUUGUUGAGAAUAUGGUAGUGGAUUUUGAUAUGUUUAGUGAUGAGAACCCCAAUGCAUGUUCCAUUAUAUAAUAUAAAUCAUGAUGCAACAAUUAUAGUCA